CAACUUAUGAUGUCAUUUUCAAAUAACUGAAUGUCAUGCAUAUCAAAUACUUGCAUAUUUCACAUUAGUUUGGAGUUAUAUUUAAAUCUUUGAAUUAAAAAAAACUAUGUUAAGCUCCACCGCUUCUGAUAAUUUAGCCUGUACUGAUGAAGUCAAAGUUUAUGAAGAUGAAGGAGAAGAAGAAGAACAGCAGAAAUCCUCAGAAAACCUUACAGAAGAUAAAGUUAGGUUGGUCAUCGAGAGCGAAACCCAAAUACCAAAAAUAUUUGAUUUAUUUGGUAAAAAUGGUGGAGCCUCUUCAUUAUUCAAAAUGCCAUUUCCAACUGAUCCUCGUUUGGCCAGUUAUUUUCUACCUGGUUAUCCUGCUGCAAUCGCGGCUGCUAUGGCAGCUGUAAAUGCUGCCUCUUAUUCAUUAUCAUCUUCACCAUGUUUUACAACAUGUUCAUCAUCAACAUCAUCUUCGUUACCAUCCAUGACUAAACCAACUUCUUCAAUAUGGAAUAUGAAUCCUGCUGCUGUUGUCGCGGCGGCUGCUGCUGCGGGAACAGCAUCUUCUUUCUGGUCAACUGGUUGCAGUGGCGGUGGUGGUUCAUCAUCUACUUCUUCUGGUUAUGCAAGUUCUGAAGGUAGUGGAGGCAGUAAUGGUACUAAUGGUUCAAAUUGGUUGCAUCAUUCAGCAAUAUCACCAGGUAGUAGUAGUAGCAUAGGUGGGAGUGGGGGUAGUGGAGGUGGGAGCUGUGGCAGUGGUUUCAGUUUCUUACAAUAUCCUUAUUCUCGUCAGCAUAAUUUAUUUAAUCAGAAACAUUAUCUACGAACAUCAAAUGAUGAUGAUUUAAUUUCAUGUAUAAGAAGAGAAUCACCAUGUUUCGAUCGAUCAGUAUAUUUUUCAAAUAACAAUAUUAAUAAUAAUAACACUAAUUUUUCAUAUGCACAAAAUCAUCCUAUUGACUACAAUUUAUCUGGUCAAAUUUCGAGAUUUUCUAAUUUAUACAAUGAUCCUGUCAAGAAUUCAGCAAGUUUGACUACUCAGUUCCCAUCAUGUGUUCCUAAUCCGUUUGGAUUUAUACCAUUUUAUGAUUCAUUCAGAUGUGGUGCAGCGGCUGCUGCUGCGGCAGCGGCGGCGGCUGCCGCAGCAGCAGCUUUUUCUCAAAAAUCUCCACAUGAAACAACUGUUCAACAUGAUGGUGACAUUUUAAAGUUCGGUUCAAAAUAUCCAGCAAACAGUCGAAAUCAUACUACGAUGGGCAAUUUUGAUAUAAGUUUAGAAAAUUGUAAAAACUAUAAGAAUUCAAUCGAUAGCAGGAAUGAUAAUGCUUGUACUACCAAUAUACCUGGUAUUUCUACUAAUUCUGUUAAUACCGUUACUUGUAUAAAUGAGAAUAAAUCCAAUAAAUUAUCAUUAUCAUCAUCACUAUACACUAAUGCUUAUCAGACCCAUCAUUCAUCAUCAUAUAAUCAACAAUGUAUUCGUCACUCGAAAGAUUUGUCCUUUAAUAAUAUGAAUAUGUUAAAUUACCCACGUGACAUAGAAUCAACAGUUGGACUUUCAGUACGAGAGCAUAGUCAGUCACCAUUGCCGACAUCUCGUUAUCAUUCGUUUGACAAUCCAAUCGAUUCACCUAAACUUUUAAAUACAUUACACACUAGUCGUUUAUUAGAAGGAUAUGGGCAAAUAUCUUCAUCCUCAUCACCACCACCAUUAUCAUCAACAUCAACAUCACUAUCACUACCUAAUGGAUCUAUUCAACAUGAUUCAUCUCCUUCAACAUCGUCGAAUUUCUAUGCUGUUGCAGCUUGUGCAGCAGCAGCGGCAGUUGUAGCCGCAGCAGUAGCAUCUUGGAGUGGUACAAGUUCACCAAAAACAUCCAAUAAAUCUCAACAAUAUUUCACAUCCUCUAACAGUCAUCAAAGUUCACCAUGUCCUUCUAUUAGUAAUAAUAAUAAUACAUUAUUUCCAUUAAGUCCAUCUGGAUCAAUUAAUAAAUCAGCUCUUUUCAAUCAUUUACAAUCGGUGAAAUCACCGAAUAGUAUUGGCGGUAUGGUACCAUCACCGAAAGCAAAUAGUAGCAAUUUGACUACUUCAUCAUUAUCUCCAGCUGGAUUGUAUCAUAGAUGUGAAAAUAAUAAUAGUAAUAAUAAUAAUACGAAUAAUAAUAACAACUACAGUAGUAGUCGAGCGUCUACUUCAACUAACUCUACCGCUGCUAGUCCUUAUUCUCCUAGUAUGUUUGCUGCCGCCGCAGCCGCUGCACAUAUGCAGUUAUUAUCCGCAGCAGCAGCCGCUGCUACGUUCAAUUCAAAUUUGUCAUCAUCAUCGUCAUCGUCUUCAGUACAUACAGCUCCAUCAACACCAUGUAUAACAACUUCAUUGAAUAAUGAAUUCACAUUUGAAGAUUCUAUCAGAGAAAUGAAAUCAGUAUCAACAUCUUCAUCAUCGUCAGUUAUUUCUUUAUCCGAUUUAUCACCAACUGUACAAUUCGGUUCUUUGUCGACAUCUUCGUUAUCAUCAAUUCAAAAUAGAGAUAAUAACAGUAAUAAUAAUAGUAAUGAUAAUAAUAAUUCAGCAUCAAACAGUCUUUGGAGACGUCAGCAAACUGCAGCAGCGGUAGUAGCCGCUGUAGCUGCGAGUGCUAUGAUUGGUAAUUCAACAUCUUCAGAAUUAUCAUCUGUUUCUGCUGUUGCCAGAGGUGAUAAUGAUAGUAUUAGUGGUCGUAGUGGAGUAGGAAGAAGAAGAAGAAACACUAAUAUACAUAAUACAUUAGAUCGAACUAAUUCUCCUGGACUAUGGUCUAGUCGAAAUCAUCUGUUUAGUUCAAGAUCUCGUGAUCGUCGAAGUUUUGAUUUUGUAAAAGCCUUAACAAAAUCGGGAAUUACUAACAUUCAUAAUCGUAAUAAUAAUAAUAAUAGUAAUGAUGAUGUAAUAAUCAAUGAAGAAUCAUCUUUAGAUCAUUGUAAAGGAACUUUAAAGAGAAAAAUGACUACCAAUCUUAUAUCAUCAUCAGCAGCAACAACAACAACAUCUUCAUGUUUAUCUAAAGGUAUACAUAUUAAAAAACCAUUAAAUGCAUUUAUGCUAUUUAUGAAAGAAAUGCGUUCACGUGUACAAGAAGAAUGUACCUUAAAAGAAUCUGCUGCAAUUAAUCAAGUAUUAGGUAAAAAAUGGCAUGAAUUAACAAGAGAAGAACAAACAAAAUAUUAUGAAAUGGCUAGACAUGAAAAAGAAUUACAUCAACAAUUAUAUCCAAAUUGGUCAGCACGUGAUAAUUAUGCAUAUCAUGCUAGACGUCGUAAACGUCGACGACAAUUAUUUCAUAAACAUGGUUUACAUAUUCGUGGAACACGUCAUAUGAAUAAAUCAAUAAUGAAUACACGUUUAUAUGAAAAAUCAUCAUCAUCAUCAUUAUUAUUAUUGAAUGAUUCAACUAUUAUGAUGGAUAAAUCUAAAGUAAACACUUCAUUGGAUAAAUGGAAUGGAUAUAAAUCAUUUCCAUUAGAUAUUGGUAGUAAUCAACAAAAACGUAAUUCAUGUAUUCCUGAUCAUUCUGUAAAUAAUAAAACUCAUUCAAAUGAUUCAUUAUCUUCAAUGGUAAUAAAUGGUUCAAAAAUACAAACUGAUCAUUUAUCAGAUGAUAUUGUUAAUCGUCAUCAUCAACGCCAUCAUCAUCAUAGUAGUAGUAGUGGUAGUAAAUGCUCUUCUCCACAUCUUCCUUCAUCUAUACAUCCUGUUACUACUAUUUCAGAAUUCUCAUCUAAUCAUCAACAAAGCCCUUUAACAUCAAAUUCACCAUUGUGUAGAAAACAAAAUCAAUCGUUUACAGCACCAUCCAUCUCAUCACCGUCAUCAUCAUCGUUGGUGUCCACCACCACCACCACCACCUCAUCAUCAUUAUCAUCAUCUUCUUUGUCAUCAUCAUUAACAUUAUCUAAACAAAUUAAUUCUAAUCUCACUAAACUAGAUCCUAUUACAACUAUAAAGGAAGAAGAUGGUUGUAAUUUCUUAGGUGAAGUAAGACAGCAUGUAAAAUCAAUGAAUGUAAAUUCUAUCGAUUAUAAAACAUUUAUGAAUAGUGUUGAUGAUGAAAAUAAUAAUAAUAUUGUUAAGAAUGAUCGAUAUGUUGCUGAAUACUCUGUAAAAAAUGAUUACAAUGAAUCCAAGGUAACAAUGAAUAAUAUUGGUCAUCAACAUCGUUCCAAUAUUGAUGUAGGUUAUUGUUUAUUUCCUCAUGUCCCUACCAUUAAUAUGAAUAAUGGUAAUAAUGAAUCAGAUAAAUUUCGAACUAUACGUGAUUUCAAUAGGAAAUCUAAACUUAACUUAAAUUCAAAUAUGAAUACAGUUUUAACUGCUAAUAUUGUAGCUACACCUAACAUCAAUACUACAUCUUCUAUUUCAUCAACUACAUUCUGUAAUCGAGAUCGUGAAUUAAAUAAAUUAUACAAUGAAUCUAUGAAUUUAAUCCCAAAUGAAUAUGCUUAUCAUACUAAUAACAAUAAUAAUCAUGAUGUAUCAAAUUUAUUUCAUCAUUCCACAGGUUAUCCAUUUUUACAUUCUGAUAUAAAUAUUAAACGUGAUACAUCAUCUGCAUUCUAUCCUUCUUCUCUGUCAUCCGCAUUGAAUGAUAACAAAUCAAUACAUUCUAAAGAUCAUUCGUUUUUAUCCCCUAGAUUCACCGGGAUGAUUAAUUUAUCAUCAUCGUCAUCAUCAGUAGACAAUGAAAAUAGACAUCCAUCACAUUCAAUAACACCGACUGGUUAUCAGUCCGGUUAUAGAUAUUCUUCUCAUUUAGAUCAUUUAUCCUAUUCAUCAAUGUCUUCUAAUCACUUUCCAACUUUUCCUGGUUCAUUACCUUCACAUUUGAUGUCUACUUUCGGUCUUAACGGUGGUGGUGGUGGUGGUGGUAAUAAGCAUCAUAAUUCUUCAAGAUGUAUGACUGAUCUAUUACCACCAUCAUCGACAUCAGAUAGUCAUGCCAAAACAAUUACAAAAAAUAAUCAUUCAUCUCAUUCAGCCGUCUCAACUACUGUGGCGGCGGUAGCUGCCGCUGCAGCAGCGGUAGCUAUGACUGCAAGUGAACUGUCCGGUGGGAAUUUGAAAAAAUGUCGUGCUAGAUUUGGUUUGGAACAUCAGAAUAUGUGGUGUAAACCGUGUCGUCGUAAAAAAAAGUGUAUACGUUUUAUUUCGGAAGCGGAACCAGAAGAAUUUUCUAAUGGAACAACAACACAACAACCACAAACAGGAACUCAUCAUUCAUCAACUCAUCAUCUUGCUAGGCAAAGAUUAGCUAAUUUUAUAGAUCCAUUUAUACGUCCUGCGCAUUCAUCUCAGUCAAAUAUUUCUAGCCAAUCAUCGAAAUUUCAUACAUUUCCUUCAAGUUUCUUAUGUUCAUCAAUAAAUUUUAAUAAUAAUGUAACAAAUGAACGUACAUUCACAUCAUCAUCAUCAUCAUUAGCUGAUUUCAGUUUACGCUUAAACCAACCACAUCAUGCAAUUCCAGGCUGUUAUACCGGUAAAUCUUCAGCAUUUAUAAGUCCUUCACUUUCAUCUCGUUCAAAUCAUCCAAUGUUAGAUUUAUCAACAUCACCGUUUCCAUUGAAAAAUUCAUAUCAUCAUUUGAAUAAUUCAACAAGUGAAGAGUUAAAUUUUAAGCUAACAUCAUCAUCCCCACGAACAGCAUCAUCGUUAUCAUCGUCAUCGUCAUCAUCAGUGUUGUUUUCACCAUCUCGAUUAAAUUCACAUACCAUUGGUCAAUGUUUAUCCAAUUGUAAUGAAUCUAGACUACCAACUACCGCUAACAACAAUACCGAAUUUGCUUUUAAUAAACCGAAUUCCAUUGACAUGUGGAAUAAUAAUACUACUACUAAUAGUAAUGGUAUGAAUACAUUUUAUCCUAAUUGGUCUCAAGAUUCAUCAGCUUUUAAAUUAUCCACAACAUCAUCAUGUAUGACAAUAUCAUCAUCAGUAUGUUCCCAGUUGAAUACACACAAUAUAAUUGAUUCCACAAGUCGAUCAAAUAAUCAUAAUCAGUUACGUGAAUCAAAUCAAUCUGACAAAUGUAAUGUCAAUACUAGUACUACUAAGACUAUCACCACCACUACUACUACUACUACUACUAUCACAUGUGAUGGAAAUCAUUUUAAUUCAAACCAAUCUAAAUUAUCAUCCAAUGAAGCUAAUCGGUUCGUUAAUCAAUCAUUGUCAUCACUAACAGACAAUUCAGUUUCUUCAAAAAUAAACCCGAUCAAUUUACAAAAUGAUUCAAAUUGUUCAAUGCCUUAUUCUAAUGUAGUGUCAUUUGCCCUCUGCUCCUCUCUUACCUCUUCAAAUGUAGAAAUAUCCAAUACAAAGCCGAUUAAUAUGAAUUCGUUUAUUGGUACUCAUUCAUUGGAAUGUUCUUCCUCUUCUUCUUCUUAUUCUUCUUCGUCGUCGUCAUUGUCCAACACAUUACCAUCUACAGUAUUAUCAUUAUCGUCACCAAUAAAAACUAUAUCCGAUGAAUAUUCAGAAAGAAAUCCCAAUGAACCACCGCCAUCUAAACGAAUUUGUUGUAAUUCACCAGUAUCUUUAUUAAAAUCAUCUAAUAUUGAAUCUGUAGUGUGUUGUGUGUCAAGUCCACUUGUUUCUAUGAUUAAUGAUGUAACCAAUUUCACUAAUAUAAAUAAUUUAGACAGUUCUGCGUUGCACGAUCAUUUAGCUGUAUCCGAUUCUACUACUACUAAUACGACUACUACUACUACUACUACUACUACUACUACUACUGCCGUUAAUACUGUUAAAACUACCACAACAACAAGUUGUAAAUACACAGAAUCGGUUCGAUUCGGUGUAGCUGAUUUCAUGGGACUAAAUGAUGAUAAUAAUAAUCAUAAUCAUAAUAAUGAUAAUGUUGAUAUUAUUUCAGUUGUGAAUAAUAUUGAUCAUGAUUGCCUUUAG